AUACCGUAACACCCUCAGCCAAGACCUCGUCACUCCAAGAGCGUCAACUCAUCUGGCACGGCGCGGCGUGAAUCGGUAUUGCGAGUUCGUGGUAGAAAGACGCGCGCGCGGCGCCAAUCCCAUCUCGUCGUUCGUUUCGCCUGUACAAUACUGCUCCUUCUGCGUUUCGUGAAGGCCAUUUAAUUCCUCGUGUAGUGUUCGUGAAGUUUUUGAGUUCAUGUUUUCUUGAUACUGGGCCGCCGAAUAUUUGAAAUGUUCUUCUUGUAAACUUUAAAGUCAAGGGAUACGAUCCUCUAAGAAGGGGCAGGAGACGUCUACAUGAGAGAACCUGUUAUACGAAGCAGCACGACGCGCGUCACUUAUCGCUGAACCGCAACGUUCUCGUUCAUCUCUUGUGUCAUGUGCGUUUCCAGAUCGCGUCAAGUCGAUCGUGAACCGUCGCACAACAAUAACAAUAACAAACAGCUUGGCGGUCUGCAAUCCGUGGGCGUACGAUCUUUGUAAUCAAUCGGAUCCCCUGGUACAACUGUUUUUUUUUUUUGUUUUUCAAACCGAUCCUGUAUCGUAUAAUGGAACAAUCUAAACCAUCCUCACUGCCUCGAUGCGAACCUUUUUUAAAUACAGAUCUACGUUUGUGUGUCUACGCCCCCAAGCCGUUCGUCGAGAUCACCGAACAACCCCAUCCGAACGCUGUUCGUUUCCGUUACCUAUGCAAGGGAAAAUCCACCGGUUCGAUCCCGGGCGUCAAUACGACCGCGGACAAAAAAACCUUCCCGACCAUCCGGGUGCACGGGUACCGAGGACAAACGAUGGUAGUCGUGUCCUGCGUUACAAAGGACGGUCCCCCAUAUAAACCCCAUCCGAACAAUCUGUACGGUAAGAACUGCGAGAAGGGUGUCUGCAGGGUACUGCUGAACAGCGAAUCUAUGAGCUACUCCUUCGAGAACCUCGGCAUUCAAUGGGAGGAUAUCGCAGAGUCACUCGCACAGCGAAAAAGUUAUGGAGAUGAUCCAUUUGGAACGGGGUUCGCGCACGCCAGCGACCCAAGUUCGAUCGACAUGGACGCCGUCAGACUCUGCUUCCGUGUGUUUUGCGAUAGUGAUGAAACCGGAUGCUUCAAGAAAUCUCUCCCACCCGUUGUGUCGGACGUGAUCUACGACAAGAAACCGAAGACAGCUAAAACAAUGGCUCGGAAACCUUACGCCAAAAUCACCGAGCAACCGCACCCAGAGCUUAAGUACGAAGGACAAUCAACCGGUUCGAUCCCCGGUGUUGAUACAACUGCGGAUAAGAAAACCUUCCCCACUAUACGGAUUUAUGGCUGUCCGGGUGAAGUGAAUGUGGUUGUAUCCUGUGUAACCAACGACGGUCCGGCUCAUAAACCCCAUCCACACCGUCUAGUCGGCACAGACUGUUACAAUGGCGUCUGCACGCUAAGGAUUACGGCAAACACCAAGGUCAGCUACUCCUUCGAGAAGCUUUGCAUCCAGUGCGUGAAAAUGGAACAAGUCGGUGAGUCGCUUCUGGAGCGAUAUAACAAAUCGGUUGAUCCGUUCGCAACGGGAUUCCUGCACGCCAACAACCCGGGCUUGAUCGAUUUGAACGCUUGCCGGCUGUGCUUCCAAGUGUUUCUCCAAGAUGAAACGACAAGGCGCUUCACGGAGCCACUCAAACCCAUUGUUUCUAACGUGAUCUACGUCAAGAAGGGGAUGCCAGAGUUGGUUGAGUGUCCCCUUAGCGAUUUAAGUGAUUCCGAACCGUUCGUCGAGAUCACCGAGCAGCCGCAUCCGAGGACGCUCCGGCUUCGCUAUGAAGACGAGGGGCGACUGAUCGCUCCAAUUCUGGGCGUCAAUACGACCGCGAACAACAAAACCUUCCCGACCAUUUGCUUAAAAACCAGAUACCGGGGUCGAGUGAAGGUGAUCGUGUCCUGUGUUACCGCAGAUGGUCCAGCGCAUAAGCCCCAUCCCUACAGCCUGAUCGGCGAGGACUGCAAGCAUGGCGUUUGUAUGAUAGAGAUGAACAGCGAGACGAUGAGCUACUCCUUCAACAACCUCCGCCUCCACUGCGUAAAAUUAAAUGAAAUUGUAGAGGCGCUCCGUCAUCGAGAAGAACUUCUGGUUGAUCCAUUCCGAACAGGAUUUGGACAUACUAACCAGCCGGGCUCGAUCGGUAUGGACGCUUUCCGGUUAUGCUUUGAAGUAUAUCUCGAGGAUAAAAAGAGCAGGCACUAUAAAAAACCUCUUGCACCCGUUGUGUCGGACGUCAUCUACUACAAGAAUAGAUGA